AUGACACUGGUUACCAUCAUAGGGUCAAAACACAUCGAGAUCGCUGGUUGGCAUGGAAAGCCUGUGCACAGGGUUCUGGUGGGUAUAGAUGGCGAAGAGCCAAAGUACUACAAUGGAACCCAAUGUCGUGGGGAAGAACGCGGCAAUAAACUCAACGUAUAUGGCCUCGGGAGUAUUACGGAAGAUAGGGCUUUUGCUAAGAAUUUCAAGAUCGUGUUCGACUUUCUCUACGGACCAGCCGUUGCUGGUGGACCGUUCUACCCAAGUGGAUCUCUAGGACAGGCAAAGGUAGCUGCAGACAUAGCAAAUGAGCAGCUCGAGACGCAACCCAACACGAUCUUGGUUGUAGAGGAUACGGCGCGCGCUAGUAAUUCGACUGAACAGAUUCUGCAGUUUCAAGGUUUAGACACUUUCGACGAGUAUCUGCUCCUGUAUCAAGGACAAUGGGCCAAGACUUUGCCGAAAGGUCCUGCUCCAGGUGUGCUCACCAAUUAUACGCAGGAUCUUUUCUUCUCCAUGGAGCGGCUGGCCAAUUCCGCCUUUUCUGUGCGACGGCUACCAAAGUCUUCGAAGCUUCCCUUCCAGGUAGAUGCCUCGAUCAUAUCUAAGCUCGCAGAUACAAAUCUCCAGAAGCUGCUUGAAGAGGGCCGGCUUUUCUAUGCUGAUCAUCGCGCACAAGCAUCCCGGCCAAAGACGACAAACAAGUUUGCUGCGGCGUGUGAUGCCUACUUUUACAUCUCUAGAAAGACGGGGCAGUUCCUCCCUCUCGCUAUCAGGACCAACGUCGGAUCAAACCUCAUCUACACACCAGUAGACGAGGACGCCGACUGGACACUCGCCAAAAUCAUGUUCAAUGUCAACGAUUUCUUCUUUGCACAAACAUGGCAUCUUGCAUCAACCCACGAGGUGGUACAGAUUACUUGGCUGGCAGCAAUCCGAACGUUAAGCGUUGAUCAUCCCAUCUAUGCUCUCUUGGAUCGAUUGACGUACCAGCUCUUCUCCAUUCAGCCACUAGCGCAAAGCUUUCUGUUCGAUAACGGUACAGCUUUCGACACUCUAUUUCCUGUUACCGGUACCGGAGCACGUGAUUUUGUCACUGAACUAUAUUUCAACGGUACUGGUGCAUUUCAGGCCGGUUAUUUUGAGGCCGAUCUGAAGAAGAGAGGACUCAUCCAUGGCGACGGACCCGAUUUAGCCGACUUCCCAUACUACGAAAACGCCUCAACGAUCCACAAGGCCAUGAAGGGGUUCAUACGCACCUUCGUCAAAUCGUUUUAUAAAUCAGAUCGUGCUGUUCGGGGCGACCGAGAACUUCAAGCCUGGGCUGCUGAAGCCAAUGGUCCCGCCAAAGCCAUCGAUUUCCCGAAAAAGUUCGACAACAUCGAUGCGGUUGUUGAUGCUCUGACCCACAUUGCCCAUUUGGUUUCGACCGUCCAUCACUCUGUCAACACCAACAAUCUGAUUUCCAUUUCUGCUACGUUGCCCAUGCAUCCGGCGUCGCUCUAUAAGCCAGUGCCUACAAUCAAGGGAAAUACGUCGGUUGCGCAAUACCUUCCACCUCUGCAAGCUGCCUUGGCGCAGUUCCAGGUUGACGGGAUUUUCAACCGCUCUCUUUCCUACAUGUUCGACAGCCCGACGCUCCUAGGCGGCACGAACCGUGAAACGCGUACAGCUGCGGCGAAGUUCAAGGAGACGAUGCAGUCGUUUAGCAAAGAGAUCAAAGCUCGCACUUUCGACAAGGAUGGACUUAGCCUGGGAGCACCGUUUAUCUGGAGAGCCUUGGACCCGGAAGAAGCUCCGUUUUCGCUGUCGAUCUGA